AUGUUGGCCAAAUGUUCAAUAUUUGUCAGCUAUAAUAUGGUAAAAAUUCCAAAGUUAGAAAGUAUAGCUAACUUGAAUUUUGUUAAUUUAAAAAACGAACUUGGAAAACCCCUGUGGUCCGAUAUUUCAAGAACCCCGACCGAAGACUCGUCGUUCACCCUUGUCACCAGAAAAAAUAAACGCCCGCGCGCAUUAACCAGCGACACUGACAACAACAACAUUAAAGCAGAUACAAAUUCAAACAAACGUUCAGCUCCAAAAAUUAUUGGUAAAAAAGAAGUUGACUGCAAACUAAAAGCCGAUAAAGUUCUGUACAACAAACGUGUCUACUUAAUGAGUAACAUCCAGAAAUGUUCAGCCAGCGACGUCAGCGAAUUUUUAUCAUCAUGCGGGAUUAACGUGUUAUCAUGUUAUCCGGUAUUUAAAAAUACCGAGCCAUCAAAAGUUCCCCACACCAACCGAGACAACCAAGAUUCAUCAAUGUUUCGUGUCUGCAUUGACAAAAUAGAUUCUCCUAAAAUCAACGAUCCCAACAUCAUACCCAAAAAUAUAAUUGUACGAGAAUGGCGUUUUUUGCAUAAUGAAAAAAAGGCCAAGCAACAAAUAACCAAUCAUGAAUAG